AUGUGUAGCACAAAUUUAUAUGAUAUUAAUAUACGUGUAUAUAUAUACAGAUUAAGAUACUUCCAUUUCCAUACCAGUUUAAAUCUUCUUUUCAUCAUUAAAAAUCCAAAACGUCUCUCCUUAGAAACCCUAAAUUAUAAAAUAAAGAAUAUGAUGAAGAAUGUGAAACUCCUACUCUUCUUCAUCUCCAUCUCCCUCCUCCUGAUCGCCGUUGCUGAAGCCCAGGAUGGCCACGAGGGCCAUUCUCAUUCAAGAAACCCAAAAUGCGAAUGCUCACACGACCACGACCAAGAAAACAAAGCUGGAGCUCAGAAAUACAAGAUCGCUGCCGUUCCUUCCGUUCUAAUAGCCGGAGUAAUCGGAGUUCUAUUCCCUCUCCUCGGCAAAGUCUUCCCUUCUUUGCGUCCUGAGACACCUUUCUUCUUCGUCACCAAAGCCUUCGCUGCAGGAGUGAUCCUAUCUACAGGGUUUAUGCACGUCUUGCCUGAGGCUUACGAGAUGCUUAACUCGCCGUGCUUGACUUCAGAAGCAUGGGAUUUUCCGUUCACAGGGUUUAUUGCGAUGGUCGCUGCGAUAUUGACGUUAUCAGUGGAUACAUUUGCCACUUCGAGUUUCAAUAAAUCUCAUUGCAAUGCGUCGAAGACGAUCCCUGAUGGAGAAUCUGGCGAGCUGGUCGUUGACUCUGCCAAGGUGCAGAUGCUUCGGACAAGAGUUAUUGCACAGGUAUUGGAGCUGGGAAUAAUAGUACACUCAGUGGUAAUAGGAAUAUCACUUGGAGCUUCACAGAGUCCAGAAGCUGCGAAAGCUCUCUUUAUUGCCUUGAUGUUUCAUCAAUGCUUCGAAGGUCUUGGCCUUGGUGGUUGUAUUGCUCAGGGCAAAUUCAAGUGUUUGUCAGUAACAAUAAUGUCGACUUUCUUCGCGAUAACAACUCCAUUAGGUAUCGUUGUUGGAAUGGAAAUAGCGAAUACGUACGAUGAGUCUUCUCCAACGGCUCUGAUCGUACAGGGAGUUUUGAACGCUGCAUCCGCAGGUAUUCUCAUCUACAUGUCUCUGGUGGACCUUCUCGCAGCAGAUUUUAUGCAUCCCAAAAUGCAAUCCAACACUGGACUUCAAAUAAUGGCACAUAUUGCUCUUCUUCUUGGUGCUGGCCUCAUGUCUAUAUUGGCCAAAUGGGCAUGAUUAUUUUCUUAUUCAACACUCAACUAUUUGUUCUUUUUGUCAACCAUUUGUUCUUGUUUCUCCUUUGAUUUUUUUUUUUGAAAUCUCUUUUUUUCUGGCCCAUGCACUUCAUGUAUACAUGAGAAAAAUUAUCUGAAUUAUGUAUAGUUUAUUCAUGUCCCAGAAAAGUAAGAAGCCCUGAUUUGUUGCUUGAAUGAUGGUGACUUGUAAUGACCUUAUGUUAUAUUUAUUUGUGUGUUAUAUAACGUAUCUUACAUAUAGCUAAGUCGUAAUUAGAUUAUACUACAGUUAUUCAACUUACACAUGAUCGUAUAAAGAAACGACUUUCAGAGAGCAUCAAAUUCUGACAUCAAAAUUUCUAACUUGAUAGGUUAAGAAUUUGAUGCUCUCUGAACAACCAAUAAACCAAAUAUGCUUCUACAGUUGCAUUGGUUUUUAUUAGCUAUAUCACACACGCUAUAUAUUAGCAAGCUAUACAUCAAGAAGAGUUUGAUAAAAAAAAAUCUAAAUAACUAUAAGUUUAAAAGUGUGAAGUUGUUGAAGUAUCUGAAACCAUUACGGUAGAUACCAUUUGUCCAUAUAUUAUUUUAUCAAUUCUCAUUUUCUUGCGCUUAUUUUGCUUUUUAGUUAAGACUUUUAUAUAUCUUCUCAAAAAGCUAUUUCGAUUCUUUAUAAUUGAAUAAGUUUUUUUUAGCUAUUCAUGUUUUUUUUAAUGAAAAUGCGGGAAUACUUACCACUAUACUACAAGGACUUGUUAGCAUUCAUAAAUCAGGGCAAGACCACGUUAUAUUCCCGCAAACACAAAGAAAGUGAGAACAUGCGAAGACUUGACCGUCAUUUUUAGCUAUUCUUGUUUACAAUAUUAACACUGGUAAUACUAUUAAGGCAAUAAGUAAUAAAUGAAGAAAAAGAUUUCAAGCAUAGACUUACUAAAGUGAAAAAAGCAAACUUCAAAAAGAUUAAAAGUUCAUGAGACUCAAUAAAAAUGAUUUGAAAUCAAUCCACAAUACAAAAAACUUUAAAAUAUUUAAAAGUUCAAUAAUACUAGAUUUUUAAAACUGAAUUUAAAUCAUUCAUUGAACAACACUAGAUUUACCACUUUGGUUUACAGAGUCAAUAUGAGUCUGUAAAUGUUUGAUGUCAAAAAAAAAAAAAAAAAUUUUAAAUAUUGCUAUAAAACAAGAUACCCAACUUUAAGAAAUAGGCUAAUGAACAUACUACACUUAAAUUGGCAAUUCAGAAGCUAUAUCCGUGAAAAAAAAAGAAGUUUCAUUUCAAGGAGAUUUCUAAAGAGCCAUUAACAUAAACAGUUUUUAGAAGACUCAUUAAAUUAAAUUGAAACUUAUCCAGAGAAGUAACACACCACCUAAAAUGAACAGAAACUCUUUAAUGCAUCCUCAUAACUUUUGUUACAGUUAUAAAUAUUUCAGUAUAUUAACACAACGCCAUUUAUCGUUGACCCAAAGAUUACAUAAAUAUUUAUAACUGAUUUCUAUCUGUUUUCCAAAGUUUGAAAUGAUUUGCUCUCUUUUUCGCCAUUGUUACCGUUCCAAUACCGCGUCGGAUGAAGAAGAAUCAUCAACGAUUAAUCAGUUAUCGUUAGUUACUUACUCAGAGCGAAGCACAUAUGGGGAUUCCAAACGGUGGCGACCGUCGUUGUAUCCCAUUUUGGAGAACGACGGCGAGAGUGAUCACUUAACGGCGAAGAUCUUAUUCUCAUGUGAUAAAUCAAAGGCCAAAAAAACGACUUCGUUCAGAUACAAAUUCAAGAGAGCCUGGUAAGUCAUCACGCAUAAUCCAUAUUGUAUUCUUAAAAUCCAUAUAUUAGGUUAUACAAAAAAAUGCAUAGUCUAUCUUUUUUAGUUGCCUGACAUUCAUUUUCCUUUUAACAUUGAUUGUAAAUGAAUAUCCCUAUGAUGAGUUUACAAUAUUUUUGUAAGUUGUUGCAUAGUGUAUAUAAUUUUCUAUUUAUCAGUUUAGUUUAUGCAAAAAGGUUUACUGUUUAAUUAACAAACUAGUUAAUUAGAUGUAACGCGUGUGCAGUCACUAAUUAAGAAUUGUACGUGACCAAUAAUGGACGGUGUUUCUCCAUAUGAGAAUCAAAAUACUUGUCUAUACCAUUUAUAAGAAUGCAAACUCGAGAAUGCUCAAAAUAUUGCAAAAUGCAAACUCGGAUUCUGCAUUUUUCUUUGAGAAAAUAAAUUUAAUAUGAUUUUCAAGAAAUUAAUGAUAAAAUUGAUAGGAAUAUUGCGAUGGCGGAUAUAAGAACCUCGCCGGGAUUGUCUCCUUGUCCAGUUGCGCAUCGACUUCUAUAAUCUUAUGUUCUUUCGGUAAUGUGACAGAUAUUUAGUAUAAUGUAAAUUAGUAUUUAUUGCAUAUUUUUAUGUUCUUAAAAUGAGGUAAACGAGAUAAAUGAUUAUUGUCCAUGCUAAUGAUUUUGAGCUUAUUCAUUCUGUUUCGUGAACAUUAUUUAUAUAUUACAUUUUAUUCCAUAUCCAUUAUGAACAAUAAUCAAAUUAAUUUUUUUUAAUCUUAAUAUAUAUUAAUUGAGAAGUCAUCUAAGUCACUUUUGCUGAUAUGUCGUUCAUAUAUGAAGUUUCAGAAAAUUGUUUUAAUUUGAUUGAACGAAGAGCUUUCUAUUUCUCAUUUAUUUUAAUCAAGAGAUAAAGUAACUUAAGAACCAAUAAAUAACGCUUACCAAAUAUCAAAAACAAAAUGACAUAUAGUAACUAUUUGUAAAAUUAAAGAAAGUGUAUAUAAUCUAUCAAUUCCUUUCUAGCAAUCAAAAUAUUUAUAAAUUUUACACAACUUUAAAAAUAAUAAUUUAUUGAAAAUGAUAUAAUGACUUUACAGUUUUAUAUAAAAAUUUUAAUAUCUUUUAACAUUUAAAAAAAAUCAUAUAUUAUUUAAAAUAUUUAUAAAAUUUAUAAUUAAAUCAAAUUAAAUCCCUUCAUAAAGAUUAUAAAAUUAUUUAUGAAGAUUUAUAAAAUAACUUUUAGAGCUUUAUAAAAUCAUUUUAUAAGAUUUAUAAAUCAUUAUAAGAAUCAAAAAUCAUUUAUCCAAUAUAUACAUUAAUUGAGAAGUAAUUUAAGUGUUUUUUGCCGACAUGGUGUCCUUAUAUAUGUGAAGUUUCAGAAAACUAUUUUAAUUUGAUUGGACAAAGAUUUUUUCAUUUUUCAUUUAUUUUAAACAAAAGAUAAAGUAAUUUAAGAAUCAACAAAUAACACCUACCAGAUAUCUAACACAAAAUGACAUACAUUAACAACUUAUAAAAAAAACUAUUUAUAAAAUUAAGCAAAGUGUAUAUAAUCUCUCAUCAAUUCAUUUCUAGCAAUCAGAAUAUUUAUAUAAUUUUAUACUUUAGGAACAUAUAUAAUGACUUUACAAUUUUAUAUAAAAUUUAUAAUAUAUUUUACAGUUUUUAUAAAAUCAUUUAUACAAUUUAUAAUAUCAUUUUUUAAAAUUUAUAAUAUUAUUGUUUUUAAAAAUUAAAUCCGCUAAAUAGAUUGUAGAGUUACUUAUGAAGAUUUAUAAAUAAUUAUAAGAGUCUUAAAUAAUUAAUUUAAAAUAAAAAAAUCAUUUAUAAGAAUUUAUGAAUUAUUAUUAACGCUUUCAAAAUCAUUUAUAACAGCUUAAAUCAUCUUAUAAUCACAUAAAUGUACACUUAUAAGAGUUUAUAUUUAUCAUAUAAACACUUAUUAAACAUAAGUUAAUAACUUGAUAUUUUUUGUACAAUUUAUAAGAGUAUAUAAAUUAUUUAUAAGUAAAAAAUAAAGUAAUUUUGGCUUUAUAAACACUUAAGAUUAUAAAAAAGGAACAAAGUUAACAUCAUACAUUUAAAAGAAUGUAAAACCUACCAAAUCAAAAAUAAUUGAACACUUCUACUUUUAUAUUGACACAAAAAUAUAUUUUAAUUAAAAUAAAAAUCAUAAAAUAAAUUAAAAUCUAUAUAUAUUUUUUCUUUCAUAAAUUUUGAAAUGAAAAUAAAUUAUAUCUAUUUCCCCCUAAAUAUCUCCUUAUUUUCAUCAUAAUUACCAACUCUUAUAUGAAAAUUAAAUUAUCACUUAAUUAUUAAUUAUGUAUUUAUCUAAACUAUAGUGUUAAGAAUUUUUCUCUUAUAUGAUAGUCACUAUUUUAUUUCUUUGAUUUUGAUGAAAUACUAUAAUUUAAUGGACACCAAUUACUUUAAUGGUAAGAGCUAAUAUCUAUUUAAAAUUUAACUUUUAUAUAUUUAUAUAUUUACAUUUAAAAAUCUGACAUUAAGCAAUUUUAUUAUUUUUAUAUCUUAUUGGUAAAAUAAUGGAUGUUGGUGAGCUUACAACAGUCAAUUCAUUCCUAUAUGAAACUUAAUUUAUGUUUAUAUUUUCAUAUCUUUUUAGUAUGAUUAUGCAGAAGCAACAUAUUAUGAAUAAUAUAUAUAUAUAUUUUUUUAAUUUUAUCAUAAUUUAAAAGUACUAAAGAGAGCAGCUCCAAUUAAUUUUAAAAUGAUAAGUUGCAAUAUUAUAUAACAUAUAAACUUAAUUUUUAUUUUUUAAAAAUAGAACAUAUGUCUAAUUUUGCUAUAGUUGUCAAUAAAAUAUACUUUAGUUAAUUGCAUUUAUUUUUUUCAAAAUAAUAAAAUGGUUACAUAUAUAAAAUAUCGUUUUCAAUAAUAAUUAAAAAAUAAAAAUUGUAGAUAUUUUUUUUUAAAGAAAGUUUUACUUUGACAAAAAUAUAAUAUAUACAUUGUCCAUAAAAUAUUUAUAUCCUCGAAAUCGUGGGCAAACACCUAGUAUACUUUAAACAAGCAAACAAAUAAAAAAAAUCAUUGCAAACAACAUUUAACUCAAAUCACAAAGAAUGAUUUUGAUAGUUCUAUAUAAGUUAACAAACAAAAUUCAUUGAGAUAAUUUAAAUAGGAAAUUACCAAGAGUGUUCAUCAACAAAAGCAUAAAUAUUGUGAAACUAAACAAAAAGAUACUUGAUUAACAUAGAAAUCGUAUAAUUAAUGCAAAUCACUAAA